CAACACAAUCCUAUUCUAACGACAUGUUUCGCAAGAAGGCUGCAGCUUCACGGAAACCGGAAAUAUUGGGCUGUAGGAAUCUGGGGUCUGGAUAGUAGAAUGCCACAGUCACCGAACGAACCAGUGAUAUCUCGCUAGAUCAGUAUCCGGCAGUCGUCAUCAAAGAUAUCGCGGCCAUCAUGACAACCUCGGAGGCCAACAGCCUCAACCUCCUGGACCUCCCCGUGGAUAUCCUCAGCAUCAUCCUGAAGCCACUUGUCACGUCUUUUACGCCCAUAUGUCUCUGUCCGUGCACCAGAUCAACCGUUAACCCGCUGCCCAUUCUCCUCUCUCACCCGGCGCUACACACCAUCGCCACUCCGCUGCUGUACGCAGGAAACGAGUUCUUACUGGACGCAUCGGGACCCCAUGCACAACACAUCCGCAGAGAAUUACAGAGCGCUCCGCCCGGAGCCGACGACAGACUUGCCGGCCGAGCUACGCUGCUCACAACACGAGGUGCUCUACGCAGAAUAGCGAGACUGGAAGUGCGAAUUGAUCGCUUGAGAGGAUGGAUAGGGACAGAUAUUAUACCACUACUCACGGAGCUAGCUGUGCAAGGAAGAAUGGAUUACCUCACAGUCUGGGUUCGCACCCCCAUCGAGCCGAGGACUCCGGCCCAUUCCCGCCCUGCCAAGCCGGGAAAAGAUCUGGACAUGUUUGCACGACCACCUCUGGAGGGUUUACUGCGUGUCCUGGCAGAUCCGUACUUACUGUCAGCGCGGUUAUGGGCAGACGCGCGGCAUGCGAAGACGUGGUGCCAAUUCCAUAUGGAUGCCGGAGGAUGCGGAGCGGAGAGUGGAGACCCGGGGCGGGAGCGGGAGAGGGUGGAGAUUGAUUGGCGGGAGAUACUUCGCGCGGUAGAUCCAGAGAGAAAGGAGAUCACGGUCGUAGGCACUGAGAAGAAGUGGUGAUUUUCGCAGGUUUUGGGGAGCAGGAAAAUACCAGACCUUGAUAUAAGAUGUCAAAAUAACUUAGCAAAGGUAUCCUAAACUCAUCCUAAACUUAUGCUAAGCUAUUCAAGUCUUUUUGUCAUUUAGGAUCGGGGUCCUGAGGUUUCUUUCCUCCCCUAAGACUGGCAAGGCAUCACAAGCAAGACGACUGAAUUACCAUAAGCAUGAUCCUUCAGCAUUUGACGCUUGUGGGACAUGAAUCAAAAGCUGAGGGUGUGUGUUGUGCUGUACGUGGCGGAUUAUGGACGGUCAGAGACGGCACAGAAGCCGAGAUGUGCAGUGGCUUUGUAUUCGAUGAAGAAAAGGGUGUACGAGAUGGUUAGUCCUAGAAAUUGAUCAACAUGUGAAGG